AUGAGGACCCUAGCCAUCCCCAUACGAGUUCUAACACAUAACAUUCGACAUGGCGGUUCGGAUCUGUUCAGAGGCGAACUAUCCUGGGAUGAUCGCAAAGAAUUACUUUUAAACGAGUUUAAACAUGAAACUCGAUAUUGUGACGAGUCAUUCAUUUGCUUGCAGGAGGUUCUCCAUGAGCAACUUGGUGAUGUGGUGACCGGCUUGAACCAGGAUAUAUAUCCCGCGGCAUCGGAAUGGGCAUGUAUUGGAGUUGGCAGAGACGACGGUCAACAAGCUGGAGAAUAUUCACCUAUUUUCUAUCGACCACUAGCUUGGCAGUUAGUGCAUUGGGAGACAGUAUGGCUAUCCGAAACGCCGAAUAUACCAUCGAAAAGCUGGGAUGCAGCCUCGAUUCGCAUCGUCACCAUUGGUAUUUUCCAGCAUCGUAAGAAUGGCCAUACUGUUCUUGCCAUGAACACCCACCUUGAUGAUCAGGGAUCUCGCUCCCGUUGGGAAGCUGCACGUAUAAUUCUAGGAAAGAUUCACGAGUACAGCCAGAAUCAGUUUUCCAAUCUCAUCUCCGGCACCUUCUUAGCCGGUGAUUUGAAUAGCGAAGAGAACCAGGAAGCUUACCAAGUAUUGACAACAAGCUUGCUAGAUGCAUACAAGCAAGUCCCCAGCUCAUAUCGCUUUGGUGACUAUAUCACUUGGACUGGAUUUGGAUACGAGGACGAACCCCGCUCACGCAUUGAUUAUGUCUGGGUACCUAAGGAGAGCCCGACGCAAAGAUUGAAAGUUGCUGGGUAUGCUGUACUGCCAAACCAGUUUGAUAAUGAUGUUUUGAGCUCUGAUCAUCGUGCUGUUGUGGUGGAUCUCAUACUGUGA